GCCAUUUAUGAUAUUAGGUGAUGUUAUCAAUUAUUUCAUGUUAAAGCUCCAAAUUUUUAUACCAAACAUUUAAUUUUUAUUUGAAUUUGGUUUCUCUAAUGUCGUUUGGUGAAUUAAUUGAAGUCGUUAUAUUAAUUUCUCAAUUGCGAAUUUCCUUAAAUACCCCCAAACUUUCCACAUCGCAAUUUAAUCACGUCGCAAAAAUAAUAACUACGUGGCACGUCGUUAUUGGUCCACUUGUCGGAUUGGUCCCCACUAUUCACUCCCCCACUCUCACAGUGCAGAUAGCACAGUCUAUAUAUAUACCCCUUCGUGUCAACCUAUCUAAACUCUAAUCUACCAGUCUACUAUAUAAUUUCAAAAUUUCCCAAUUCAAAAAUUUACACUUUUCAUACACACACACACAACACACACUGCCGUCAUUAAUGCCCGCCUGCCUGCCUCUCUCACACUCUCUCUAUCUCACUUGUUCUCCGUGAUUUCUCUCUCUAAAACUAUAUGUGUACGUAUCGAUGCAGUACUUUUGGUUUUUCUCCUUCUCUCUCUCUCUGGCACUACUGUGUGUGAAGAGAGAGGCCCACACUCUUUCUCUCUCUAGAAUGCGCUCUGUAAUUUCCAACAACGUGUUUGAAAAUGAGCUGAAGAUGCUGCGCUAGGUUAAAAAUGGCGACGGUAUUCGAGGUGGUGUCGUGCCUUUUUCCGAUAAUUCCGAUCAGAUUUAGCCUCGCUUUUCUUUUGUGUCUCGGUUUUUGAAAAUAUAAUAUUCUUCUUCCUUUUUAUCUUUUUAUCCUUUUGCUCUUGUUGCCGUCUGCAUAAUUUGAAUUUUCGAAAAAAAAAACAAACAAUGGAGAGAGCUCGACACAGGAAAUCGAAAAGCGCUUCUGGUAUUGAAGGAAUUCGACAUCAGAAACAGAAAGCUGUUUUAAGUUUGUCUUCGCAUGCUCGUUCUUAUAUCGAUGGAAGCAAUAGGGAUGACAUGUUUAUGCAUGAGUUGGGGAACAGCCCCUUAGGAGGAGUUGCUGGUAAACCAAUGAAAAAGUUACUGGCAGAAGAAAUGUCAAAAGAAGUUGAGUCGAAGAGACGGACACCAAGUGUCAUUGCCAGAUUAAUGGGUCUCGAAGGGCUGCCAUCCCCUCGGCAUGUUCACAGACAACCGAAAAGGUUUUCAGAAAGUCUCCCACAGAGAAAUGUUUCAUCAAAUAUCCAAAGAAAUAGCCAACCACACGAAGGCCGAUCAAAUAGAAGACGGUCAACUGAGCAGCAAGAAUUUAAGGAUGUUUAUGAGGAUUUGGAGGCUUCGCAUGUUGCGAAUCGUCGUUGUUCUUCGAGAUGGAGUGCCAGCUCGAUUCUUACAAAACCAGAGAUGGCACUCAUUCAGCAGAAGUUUCUUGAUGCAAAACGUCUUUCGACCGAUGAAAAGCUUCAGGACUCUAAAGAGCUGGAUGACACCUUAGAGAUGCUUGACUCCAACAAGGACUUACUGCUGAGAUUUCUCUGGCAACCGAAUUCCUUGUUUAUGAAGCAUUUGCAUGAUGGACAAGUUGAUCAUGGGAAUUCCCUUGGCAGUCAUAUAGCAGUCCUAAAGCCAUCCAAUUCCGAGAAGUACGAAAACAAAGCCAAAGUAUUUGGAUCCGAAAAAAAUACUUCAAGUAAACACCAUGCCACUUCUCAUGUGAAACGUCAAGAUGGUCUUUUACUUGAACCACACAGUCGACGGAGAGGUCAUACUUCUCGCAAUUCAACUCAAUUAGACGCGGAGAAGGGUGAAAACAUUCUUCCUACAAGGAUUGUUGUUCUGAAGCCAAACCUAGGGAAGACGCAGAAAGCUGCCACAUCUAAUUCAUCACCGGAUUUCUCAAGUGGCUAUCAUCCCAGCUUGAAGAAGAUAAAGGAAUUUCAAAGUGUUGGAGGUAAUGAAACAGAGUCGCGAAGGAGGAAGGACUCCUCUCAUAAAAUGGGAUUAUCAAAGUCCAUGUCUAAAGAAGCUAGAGAAAUAGCAAAGGAAAUUACAACGAGAAUGAGAGAUGGCUCUGACGAGACUAUGGAUGCAAAGUCUUCCGGGUUCAGAGGAUACAUUGGUGACGAGAGUUCGUAUGACCCAAACGAAAGUGAUUCAGGCAAUGAGUCGGAGGUGUUUAAAUCUUGUAGAAAGUCCUUCGAUGGUAGUAACUUGUGCAGGUAUCCAUCUCCGAGUUUGUUCGAAACGUCUGUAAAUAGAGAAGCAAAGAAGCGAUUAUCUGAGAGGUGGAAGAUGUCUCACAAGUAUCAAGAUUUGGAAAUGAUUAGCAAGGGCAGCACAUUAGGCGAAAUGCUUGCCUUUCCUGAUAGGGAAACAAGGCCUAACCGUUUGAAUGUUAAGACAAGUCCUGGUAAUAAUGGAACUGCUACUGGGGAUUUUCCUCUAGGCAUAAGUAGUAGAGAUGGUUGGAAAGAUGAAAUAAGCAGAAAUCCAUCUCGUUCGAGAUCGCUUCCUCCGUACACAGGUGGAAGGGGGAGAACUCAUAGAAUCACUUACCAUGAUGAGGUGGCAGAAGAUAAGAAGCUGAGGCGUAGUGGUUCUGAACGUAAUGGUAGAAGUAAGGUUCUAAAGGGAAAUCCAUGUCAUAACGAAGAUAGUUCUUCUAAAGAUUCCAAGUCCAGGAGCAAGAAACUUCGUCCUUGUCGGUACGAAUUUCUUAAUGAGAUAGACUCUUCAUCAGAAGCCAACUUUGAGAUUCAAAUGGAGGCCAACAGUAAAGACUUAUCUGAAGAGCAUUCAGUAUUUCAGAUGAAUGCAAAGUCCGACACUUGCAGAAGUCCUCCAGUUGAUGUAAUGAUGGUUUCUGGAUCUGGGAACUCAACCCUGCCUUCGGAAUACCCCGGCCACAACUCUACUCUUCAUAAUGAAGAGGAUUCCAGCCUGCAGGCAUUGCACAAUGGACCGCCCAAACAAGACUCUUCUUCCUUGCAUUGCCUUGGAGCUGAACCGGAUUAUCCUAGUCCAAUCUCAGUUCUUGAGGUCCCGUUUACAGAAGAAACAUCAUCCUCCGAAAGUUUUGAGAGAGUCGGUGCUGAACUUCAUGAACUCAGGAUGCAACUCCAGCUGCUCAAGAUGGAGAAGGGUGCAUGUGCUGAGGCGUUCACACUUGUUCCAAUUGAGGAAGAAGUCACACAGCCAUCUCCAAAUUUUUCCGAAGAAAAGUACGAAUUAGGAGACCAAGGCUGGGAAAUCUCCUACGUUCUUGAUGUGCUAAUCGAUUCUGGUAUCGAAGAAUCUGACUUCAAUAUAUUCGAAACAUCGUGGUAUUCACGAGAUUGCCCUUUGGACCCGAAAUUGUUCAACAAACUCGAGAAAAAAUACAGCGACGAAAACUCGAGUUCCGAAAGGAGAUUGCUGUUCGACAAAGUAAAUUCAGCACUGGUGGAGAUUUUCGAAGAGCACGUUGACUUAUGCCCGUGGGUGAUGCCGAAAUUAGCAGGGCAGAAUUGUAAAUUGCAGAAUGAAGGGAUUAGAGAUGCUAUUGAGAAGUUGAUCAAUCAAGACUUCGCCAGCCUGGAGAGAUUGGAUAGAGAACUCGACCGGGAUAUGCAGUGGUCGGGUUUUAAAGGCGAGAUUGAUAUAAUUGGUAGCGAAAUCGAGAAGCUGUUGAUAGAUGAUAUGAUAAUUGAGGUUCUGUGUAACUGAUUUUUAUUUUUUUAAAUAGGUAACUUUUAAUUGAAGGGGUGUAGAGGUAAUUAGGUGGUAAGAUAGGGAGAUGAGAAAGAAAAAUGUUGGUUACGUAAAGAAUGGUAAUAAAUAUAUUGAGUUGAAUCAAAUGUUGUGAGCCAAUUAUUGUGCUUAUGCAUUGUGAGUUGUAGUAAUAUUUUCUUUAGUUUCCAAAAUGUUGUAGAUGUUGCUGAAAUGGAUUUUUGCAUCUUCUAUUGAAAUCUUUAAACUUU